AAAAAGCGUUCGCAAGGGAAGAGCCGCACCCAUGACGAAGAAUGGUGUCGGGGUCGAGGGCAAGCUGCUCGACUACCGGCUUGAAAUCGCAAUCGAGGCCUACAUGGAGUUGGCAAACGAGAAGAAGCCAAUCGAGGGCUUUGUGCAGCCGAAGAGCCCAAAGCACCACCAGAUACCAGUCAAACACGUCGGAGCCCACACGACACACACAGACGCUGUGCACAGAGCAAGAACAGAGUGACUGUUCGUCUGUCUUUCUCUCGUUGGCUUGGCUGGCUGCAGAAGGUUGACCCGAGGUUGGACCGUCGUCAUUCGAUGGAGCUGAUAGCCUCGUCGACGACGGAGCAGAUGGCGGACAUCGACUCGCUCUACAGCAGGAUUGGCGGGCAGGACGUCGUCGACGAUCUGGUCGAGCGCUUCUAUCGCAAAAUCAUGAGGGACGACCGCAUCAACUCGGUCUUCGGCAGAGUCGACGUUGGCAGGGUAGGUCGGCACGGCGGACAGUGCAUGGUUUGCACGUCGAGUGCCUGUCUGUCUUCGAGGAUGGGUGCUUUGGUUUGGUUCAACUUGAUGCUUUGCUUCCUUGGUGCAGAUCAAGAAGCAUCAGGCGAGGUUCCUGUCGAUGAUCCUGGGAGGGCCUGACCAGCACGAAUUCGCCAACACCGACCUCACUGCCAUACACGCCAGGCACAACAUCAACGUAAGCAACAACAGAACAGCGGAACACACGGACGGCACAAGGCGGACAGCGGCCAGUAAGGUCAGUCAUGAUUGAUGGCUUGCGUGUGUGCCUGUGUGUGGGGGUCUCUGACGUUAACAGGCGCAUCACUUCGGUGCGUUUGUGGAGGACUUCAGGUCCACCCUGGAGGACAUGCACCUCCACCAACUCAUACCUGUACGUCACGCAGCACAACCAUCCACCGCACCACCCGACCCCCUGACAAAUUCAAUUCUCUGUGUGCCUGUGUGUGCAGGAGGCGCUGUCAGUGAUCCAGUCGCGUCGCGACGAGGUGCUGGGUGUGGGCACGAAGCGGCAGUCGUCCUUCGAGGCCCUCACGCUGGGCAGGUCACACUCCACCGACAUCAGACCGGUCAAUGACUACUUCAGAUACCACUGACUGACGUCCUGACUGACGGACGAGUUGGCUGAUGCACUCACUCGUAUGACGGCCAUGGGUGGUGGGGGGGUGGGUGGAUGGAUGGAUUGAUGUAUCUCUGUACAGACGACUGACUGACUGGCUGAUGGGGGUGCCGAUCAAGACUAGAGGGGGGAUGUAAAGUCUUUCUGGGGAGGGAGGGAGGGAGGGAGGGAGGCGGUCGUGUGUGCAGGUGGGUGAGUGGGAGGAGGUGAUGGUUCUUCCUUGUCGUGUCUUGUGGGCUGCUUCCUUCGGUUGGGGCGUUAGAUGAGGUGAGAUGAGAGCGGCUGGUGCAUUAACGAGAUGAGAGCGUCGCGAAGGGACAGAGGAGGGGCGGCGGAGAGGCUGACGGCCUCCCUGCCUGCUGACAGACAGAAGUGACUGACGUGCUCAACUCAACCAACUAAUGUACUGACUGAUUUGAGCGUGUCAUGUACGUCCCCACGCACAUACAUGAGUGAGAGUCGACUGUGGGUGGGUGUUUGUGAGGGUGAGACAGACGGUCGAGUGAUUCCUGUGGACUUGUUUUCUCCGUAACCGUCUGUGUCGUUGUCUGGUGUCAGAAGUCUAUCGACUCGCUCUACUUACUUGCUCAUUUGCCUUUACCGUUCCCCUCUGCUGCUAGACACGCACACACACACACACACAGACAGACCGUGCAGCGCCUUCCAGCCACCAUCUCUGUGUGUGUGUGUUGUUAUGUAGGUCUGCAGCUCUAAUGCCACCACACGACACCGCACCCCACCGCCACUGUCUGAGCGUAUUUAUUUUUCCGCGUGACGUGAUGUGAUGUGAUGUGCCAUGGAUGUCGUUCGUGUUUUGCUGUGUGGACAGUGAGGGUGUCCAUCGUAUGUACGUAUGUGUGCCUCUAAGUAGAUAGAUAGUCAGAUAUAUGUUGUGCCAUCAGUCUUUCUGGUGCGUGGGUGAGAUGAGAGGUGUCAUAAUCAGGCGUGAGAGUUUUUUCCAGUGAGUGACUAAUGGGGGAUGUCAGAUGAGGAGGGAGGGAAGUGCUGGUUGUGCUGCGUGUGUCCUAUAGUGUGGCUGACUGACUGACUGGCUCACAUCACUCAACCAACAUCUUAUCUUCUUCCUGUGUGUGAAUCGCUCGCGGCACUCACUCAUGUCUUGACACGAACCGAACAACUCUGCAUAUCGAUUACAUAGAGUCAGUCAGUCAGCGACCCUCGAAAAACAAAACAGACAGACAGACACGGCAGCAGUCAUCGGCC